AUGAGUGAAAAUUUCAGUGACGAACGUCCUGCUAAAAAGAGGCGUGGAGGUAAAAAGGCAAAGAAACAGCAAGUUCUAAGAGAACGCUUUGAGCGUGGUGAGUUUGUUCCUAAGGCCUUCGUGAGCACAGGUGCAGGUUCAUCAGCUGAUCGUAGCGCUAAGAGCUCAUCCAUUGUUGCUUUUCCUAAGACUGUUGAAGCUGUCAUCAAAGAGGAUUCGGUGCCUGUCACUGCUGCAAAGCAACAAGGUCAAACCAACCCCAGCUUUUCGGCAAGUUCUGUUGAAGGAAAGGCAACUUCAUCUCAGUCAACUCCCAUCGUUUCAUCACCAAAGUUCCCUGGUUUGAGGUCCUCUGAGCUAAGUGUUCCGUCACCAAACUGUACUCCUGUUUUGACCACCUCUUUUGACUCUUGUGUUGUUGUUGUUCCAAAGGCAAAAGGUCUAGGUCCAGCAGCUUCUGAGUCUGUUGCGGGAAUCCCAAAGGCUGAGGGCUUAGCGUUUCCCCUCGCUCCUGUUGUUCCAGUUGUUCAGCCAAAAACACUUCCCAAAGCACCGCCCAAGCAGUCACUCAGUGCUCCCUUGGUGAAUCUUGGGAAGGCUGACGGUGGACCUGUGAUUGUGACGAGUAAGCCACCUCCUCCUUUAGAGGCACAACAACUGGUGACUGAGGCUAGAACUAAGGCCGCGGUUGAAGUUGCUCAGGUUCAAUCUCAAGCUGCCUCCUUUGCAGCUCACACCGCGUCUGAAGCUGCGCAAACUGUUGCUCAGACUCAGGCUAAUGCAGCUCAGGCCAUCAUGAAUCACGAAAGAGCCUUGGUGAAUCAAUUUGCAGAAAGGGAGAGAGACUUGGUAGCACAGAUUUGGGAAUUGCAGCAAGAGUUGAUUUCUGCUAGGGCUACAUCGUCACCUUCUUUGAGACAUAAUGACGCGGAAUUAAUGGCUAGGAUUGAUCAAUUGGUUGAAAGGAUGGGAACUUUUGAAUUCGAUCUCUUGAACAUCAAUCAGCGGUUGGUUGCCUUGGAACAAUGGGGUUUUGAGGAUAUUAAUGCUGUAGGUGAUCCGGAAGAAGAAUUGAUCCCUGACACAGGAAUUCCACCACCUCCAGUUCCCCCACUUAGCCCUGCCAGAUCUGCCAGGCAUGUACCAAGGUCAAAUCAACAAUCUGAGGAUGAUGAUGAUGAUGAUCCUGUGUCCAUGGAGGAUCAGUGCCUUCGGUGGAAAGAUGUAUCUUCGGUCAAACUUCCGCCAUUGCCAGACUCGGCGGGUGCAUUGCGAUCUUGGAAGAAUGCGGUGUUACCCAUGUUAAUAGCCCUAGAUAAGAGCGAUCAGAAUUUUCUCUACACUUGGUUAAUGGAAGCUUUUCAUGCCAAGCUGCCACAUGAAGUAGAGCAAUUGAGAUUUGACUCUGGGGGCUUUCCUCGUUUCGACCGAAUGCUGUGCAGUUGGCUGACCCGCGAUUCAUGUUUGCGUGGUUAUUUUGGUCCCCGCAUACAGUCGUAUUUGGAAGAAUCUAUGACACAAGGGUUGCAACUUAGAGGAAGAGUGUUGCUGAACAUGAUUAUUCGCGAAUUUGAUUUGGACAGAGCCCUAGGUGGGGUAGUGUCAUCGGUAGAACUUUUCCAAAUACCCAGUCCUGAAGGUGACCAGGCAUCACUAGUUUCGUUUCGAGAUAGGGUGCAAUUCAUUUUGGGUCAACUUCCAAUCACGGAUAGACCGCCAGAUGCAAUGCUUUCCAAAUGGCUUUUCGAAAGAUUGAAAAGAAUCAGGUCAAUGCAAAUUGUUUUGGAUCGUAUUCGAGAGUCAGGUAGCAAUGCUGUUGAAAGGUCAUUUGAGUAUCUUUGGGGUAGGCUGCAACGUCAAAUUGCGGAACAACAACAUGAAAAGAAUCUUUCCUCAAUUCAGGAAGGACUGCGAAAAGGACCCAAGAAGCUGGGAACUCCUGCCUCUCCUUCCAAAGUUUCCCCGGAUCCCAAGGCUGCUGUUGCCGCUACUCAGGGUGGUAAAGGAAAAGGGAAAGGGAAACCUAAAGGGAAAGGAGGGCUUGGUAAAGGAGCUCAGCCCAAGGCCAAAGCAGUUCCUGCUGCACCUAAGUCCAAGCCAGGCUUAGUUGCGAUGCUGGUAAUGGGGACCGCGGCCAAUGUCGCUACCUCGGCUUCAGUUGCUUCUUCAUCCUUUGACAUCGAGUUUGCGCUUGACAGUGGGGCUGGAGAAGAUCUUGCUUCCAUUCCUGCAUUUAUGCGUCAAGGGAUUAUUGAAGCUCCCAGAUCCUUCUUGCAGAAAAUCGCAUGUGACCAUCUUGAGUCUACAAGUGAAGGGUUCCGGGGGGAACAGUACGCCCUGAUUUGCGUUGACGCCUAUUCAGGUGUCAUGCAUGCGUAUCCUGCUAAGGACAAAACCCAGGUGUCUGUCGAAGCCGCACUUAGGCAUUUUUGCAGGGAGAAUCGCUCAAUUGUGGCCUCCGACAGAUAUCCUAGUAUCUUGGCUGCUGUUCGUGACUUGGGUUUGUACCCUGACCCAUCAGUUCCCAACGAUCCACUGCAUAAUCCCCUUGCUGAAUCAGCUAUUCGGAAUGUACGUCAAGGUACCCGAUCCUUACUUUUGCAGAGCGGACUUGGGAUUGAGUUUUGGCCAAGGGCCAUGACAUGUUUCACAUAUCAGCAUGAUUUCACCACUGCAUUGUCUCACGAUCCCGAUGGUUUGCGAAACUUGGUUCGUCAACAAGAUGAUGCUUUACCAGAUGGGGUUGAAGGUCCAAUACCACCGCCAGUAGAGUAUGACUCUAAAAUUCACAUGGCUUUGCAAUAUCAACCUGAUACCAGAAUGGUUCCCUUUGGUGCUUUGGUUUGGUAUCUUUCGCGGGUUAAAGAUUUUGCUCCUAGUGGCAUUCCCGCUAUUUAUGUUGGUCCAGAGGUUUUGCCUGCCAUGCGUUGUAAGGAUGUCCAUAUCUUGUUUGAUCUUUCCUCGUUGACUCAGUCAGAUCGUGUUCGUGAGAUAGUAACCAAAGACUUUGUGACCCCCAGUGGUCGUUGGAUUUUCCCUUUCACACAUGUCCCCAUGCUGAAAAGCCUUUUACCCGAGAUUCCUCCGUCGCGUGCCCUUGUAGAUGAUGAAGGUGUUGAGGAUUUCAGGAAUCGCUCUAUCACCAAGCGACGUGUGCUGCAGUAUGGGCCUACUCCAGAAUGCGAUGGCUGCUUGCGUGGCACCUAUUCUCACACUGCUGCUUGUCGUGCGCGGUUUAAUGCCUUGUUAGAUGCUGCUGAGCCACUUGCUUUGGAUCCCGGGGGGGGGUAUGUCGGCGGAGAUGGUGACGUGAUGCGUGGUACAGAACCAACGGAAAAGGGUUAUUUGUUUGACAUUGUUGAAGAUGAGGAUGCGCUUGCCCACGAUGAGGCCGCCGAUUGCACUAGGGCUUUUCUUCAGGCCAUGCUUUUGAUGGAAGAAGAAACCUAUGUGGUGCUUCCACAAGACCAAUUUUGGGCUUCCCUCAAAGAACGCAUUCAGUUGGAUGAUGUGGAGUUGUUGAACCAGUUCAUUGGUAGGAGUCAUGAGAUCUCAAACAAUGUUUGCAUUUUCAACAUGCGUGACUAUUGUCAACAAGCAAUCGACUUGUAUGUUGAGGCCGCAGGGGGCAAGGUUGUUUUCCGUAAUGUUUCAACUCCAUAUGUGAAUGAAGGGGUUUUGAUCCAGGAAGACUACGAAACUGAGGGCCAGAUAUCACAUAAGGCAUCAUCUGUUUUAAUGAAACUUCUUUGGGUCUGCCGCUUGGCACGGCCAGACCUUGCCUAUGCGAUCAGUGCCUUGGCCACCCAGGUAACACGAUGGUCAAAGAACAGCGACAAACAAUUGUACCGUUUGGUAUCCUACCUAAACUCCACCAGAGAUUUGUGUUUGACUUCCACGGUUUGUGAUGAACCUCAAAACUGCACCAUAGACCUGUACGUGGAUGCAGAUUUAGGAGGAUGCCCUUUUCCCGCUAAAUCAACCAGUGGUUUGUUCCUCGUCAUUCGCGGACCGAACGGUACUUUCUGUCCAAUAGCAUGGUCAUCGCGAAGACAGCAGCAUGUUGCUAGGAGCACAGCCGAUGCUGAGUUAAAUGCCUUGAGUGAAGGUGUGUAUGAGGAACUUUCGCCAGCCUUGAUGCUUUUGACCACUUUGUUGGGGAGCAAAAUUCCAAAAGCAAUUGUGCGGGAGGACAACUCCGCCGUAGUACAAGCCAUUCGCAAGGGAUAUAGUAUCAAACUUCGCCAUUUAGCCAGAACCCCGAAGCUAUCAUUGGCGUCCCUUUCUGAAGCUUGUUCAUCAUGGUGCACUUUGUCACAAACCCCUACUUCAGAACAAUUGGGCGAUCUUUUUACAAAGGCAUUAGCCCCUGGUAAAUUUGAUCCCCAGUCCCUUGGUAUGCAACAAUGGUCCCGACCCUAA